CUCUCUCUCUCUCUCUCUCGCUCUCUCUCGCUCUCUCUCGCUCUCUCUCUCUCUCUUUCUCUCUCUCUUUCUCUCUCUUGUUCGCUCUCUCUCUUUCUCUCCUCCCUCUGCCUUCCUGGUGCAGAAAGUCUUCGUCGCUCCUGGAACUUGUUGGCAAUGCCUAUUUUUCAGCUUUCCCCCGCGUUCUCUAAACUAACUAUUUAAAGGUCUGCGGUCGCAAAUGGUUUGACUAAACGUAGGAUGGGACUUAAGUUGAACGGCAGAUAUAUUUCACUGAUCCUCGCGGUGCAAAUAGCGUACCUGGUGCAGGCCGUGAGAGCAGCAGGCAAGUGCGAUGCGGUCUUUAAGGGCUUUUCGGACUGUUUGCUCAAGCUGGGCGACAACAUGGCCAACUACCCGCAGGGCCUGGACGACAAAACGAACAUCAAGACCGUGUGCACAUACUGGGAGGAUUUCCACAGCUGCACGGUCACAGCCCUUACGGAUUGCCAGGAAGGGGCGAAAGAUAUGUGGGAUAAACUGAGAAAAGAAUCCAAAAACCUCAACAUCCAAGGCAGCUUAUUCGAACUCUGCGGCAGCGGUAACGGGGCGGCAGGGUCCCUGCUCCCGGCGCUCCCAGUGCUCCUGGCGUCUCUCUCGGCAGCUUUAGCGACCUGGCUUUCUUUCUGAGCGCAGGGCCGGCUCCCCCCGCGCGCCCACCCACACUCACUCCAUGCUCCCGGAAAUCGAGAGGAUGAUCCAUUCGUUCUUUGGGGACGUUGUGAUUCUCUGUGAUGCUGAAAACACUCAUAUAGGAUUGUGGGAAAUCCUGAUUCUCUUUUUUAUUUCGUUUGAUUUUUUUUGUUUUAUUUGCCAAAUGUUACCAGUCAGUGAGCAAGCAAGCACAGCCAAAAUCGGACCUCAGCUUUAGUCUGUCUUCACAUAAAAAUAAGAAAACGGCAAAUCCACCCCAUUUUUUUUUUUUUUUUUUUGGCAAAAGAAUCUCAGGAACGGCCCUGGGCCACCUAAUAUACUAAUCAUGUUAAUACAUGACAAAUGAUGGGCUCCUCCUAAAGGAAAGACGAGAGGAGAAGGCCAGGGGAAUGAAUUCAAGAGAGAUGUCCACGAGGGAAGCAUAUGGUGAAUAAUUCACGCUCACGUCUUUCUUCCACAGUAUCUUGUUUUGAUCAUUUCCACUGCACAUUUCUCCUCAAGAAAAAUGAAAGGACAGAUUGUUGGCUUUGUGUUUUAAGGAUAGGAGGGAGAGAGGGAAAGGUUGGGGAAAUCUCGGGUUAGAGGUAAAGGCUGCGAGAAAUGCUGCUAAAGUCACUGAGAGGUUCAGCUUUACCUACUGUUAUUGAUGCAUCUUUCCAAGUCCACUGCCUUUUUUUCCCUCCUCUCUUGUUUUAGCUGUUACACAUACAGUAAUACCUGAAUAUCCAACGGUAUAGAUCACAAGGGGGGGAAUGUUAAAUGUUAAUCUAAAAUAUAGUUAAAAAAGAUUUUGACAUAAACAGCCUUGAUUUUAAAAAAGAGAGAGAUGUAAUUUAAAAAGUUUAUUAUAAAUUAAACUCAGCAAAAAACGAUUUGCUACAAAGUAUAGAGAAGUAUAAAAUAAAAGUUAUUGUUUGAAA